AUGGCUUUGAAGAAGAAGCGUUCCUCCUACACGGCGAAAUUCAAGGUCUCCGUGAUUGACUACGCAAAUGAACAUGGAGUUGUCGAGGCUGCGGAACAUUACGGGAUUAAGGACAAACGAAUGAUCAGAAGAUGGAAAAAGGCUGAAAAUAAAAUCAGAGAGAUGCCAUCGAAAAAGCGCGCAAACCGUGGAAAGAAAGAAGCCUGGCCCGAGCUGGAAAAUGAGCUGAAUACUUGGGUGCGAUUGGAGAGAAGCAAAGGAGCACAAGUUUCUACUACUCGGAUCAUUAGAGAAGCAAGAAAGAUCGCAAGAAGACUACAGUUGGAUGAUUUUCAAGGGACCCCUCAUUGGUGCCAUAGCUUUAUGGAGAGGAAAAACCUAUCAAUUCGCACAGCAACAUCCGAAGGACAAAACCUGCCUGCUCCGCCCGGACUUGUUUUUGUUGAUGAUGAGAAUUUCGAUGGUUUUGUUGAUUAA